GUUCCGGAAGGUUACGACGCAAGAGCCGACCCGAGCCAAGUCUGGGAGACCACCCGCGGGCCCUGGACCCCCUAGCGCGAGCCGGCCCCGCCCCUCCCGAGUGGGCGGGGCUCGGCCGGGCUCUCCGCUGGGUCCUAGUGCCCGGCGGCGGCGCCGUCAGACUCGGAGGCCGGCACCUGGGCUCCCUCGCCUCCUAGUGCCCUCGCCGCCGGCGCCCGGGUGGUCGGACAGCUGGCCUCGCAACGGCUGCCUCUGCGGCCCCCGCCCGCCAUGAGGAGUGCGCAGCCCCUGGUCCUUUUUUCCCUGGUUGCCCUUAUCCGGCGCGGGGACUGCCGCGUGGCCAAUGCAGAGGAGAAGCUCGUAGAUGACCUUCUGAACAAAACCCGCUACAACAACCUGAUCCGCCCAGCCACCAGCUCCACCCAGCUCAUCUCCAUCCAGCUCCAGCUCUCCCUGGCGCAGCUCAUCAGCGUGAAUGAGCGGGAGCAGAUCAUGACCACCAAUGUCUGGCUGAAACAGGAAUGGACUGACUACCGCCUGGCCUGGAACAGCUCCCGCUACGAAGGCGUGAACAUCCUGAGGAUCCCUGCAAAGCGCAUCUGGCUGCCCGACAUCGUGCUUUACAACAAUGCCGACGGGACCUACGAGGUGUCUCUCUACACCAACGUGGUGGUCCGCUCCAAUGGCAGCAUCUUCUGGCUGCCACCGGCCAUCUACAAGAGUGCCUGCAAGAUCGAGGUCAAGCACUUCCCUUUUGACCAGCAGAACUGUACCCUCAAGUUCCGCUCCUGGACUUACGACCACACGGAGAUCGACAUGGUUCUUGAGUCACCCACGGCCAGCAUGGAUGACUUCACCCCCAGCGGUGAGUGGGACAUCGUGGCCCUCCCUGGGCGGAGGACGGUGAACCCACAGGACCCCAGCUACGUGGACGUGACCUACGACUUCAUCAUCCGGCGCAAGCCCCUCUUCUACACCAUCAACCUCAUCAUCCCCUGCGUGCUCAUCACCUCGCUGGCCAUCCUCGUCUUCUACCUGCCGUCCGACUGCGGCGAGAAGAUGACGCUGUGCAUCUCCGUGCUGCUGGCGCUCACCGUCUUCCUGCUGCUCAUCUCCAAGAUCGUGCCGCCCACCUCGCUGGACGUGCCGCUCAUCGGCAAGUACCUCAUGUUCACCAUGGUGCUGGUCACCUUCUCCAUCGUCACCAGCGUGUGUGUGCUCAACGUGCACCACCGCUCGCCCAGCACCCACACCAUGGCGCCCUGGGUCCGCCGCUGUUUCCUACACCAGCUGCCCACCUUCCUGUUCCUCAAGCGCCCGCACGGCAGCCCCUCGCGGGCCCCCGGGCCCAGCCGGCCUCACCUCACCCGCUCUGAGGCUGCCAGCACCUCCAGCCUCUGUGGGAACCCCACGCCCUCUGUGAACCCUGCCUCUGCGGCCCCCAAGUCCCCGGCCGGCCUGCCCCGGGACUUCCGGUGGAGGUCUUCCGGGAGGUUCCAGCAGGAUGUGCAGGAGGCCUUGGAGGGCGUCAGCUUUAUUGCCCAGCAUAUGAAGAGUGACGACCGAGACCAGAGCGUCGUUGAGGACUGGAAGUACGUGGCCAUGGUGGUGGACCGGCUGUUCCUGUGGGUCUUUGUGGUUGUGUGUGUGCUCGGCACAGUGGGGCUCUUCCUCCCUCCCCUCUUCCAGACCCACACGCCUUCUGAGGGGCCCUAAGCUGCCCUGCAUGCCCGAGGGCCCCAGGGUUACGGAGUGAGACGAUUGAGCGGCCAGGUGGGCGGUCUCCUGCUUCCUCCUGAGUGAUGGCUGACGAGGCCCCAGGUACAGGAGUCCAUCAGCCGCAUCAAACAGCCACGGCCAGGGGAGGCCAGGAUGGGAGCCCUGGACUGUCCUCCCUGAAGGCCUUGGAGGGGCUCCGGCAAACCUCGGCCGAAGGAAUUAGGCCAGUCUCCUUCCCCGCACGGGGCUUCAGGACACAGACCAGAGAAGCACCCGCUGUGUGCCAGGAGCCUUCCCCAUGUCCCGGCCCACCUCUCACCCCACCGUCCUCCACUCCCCCAGUGCACGAGGCCCACUGGGCUUCUCGCAGACUCUCCACACUGCUGGACCCUCCCGGCUCAAAGCCUUCGCAUUUGCUGUAGCCUCUACCCAGACCUUCCUCCCUGAGCCUCCCAGCUCCUGCGGUGGCUGCGCCAUCCAGGGCUCUGCUCAGGUCCACCCUUUGUUCCCGUCACCCCAGCUGCCUUGAGCCCUGCUAGGUUCAUUGUCCACACGUCACCCACUAGAGUGUGAGCUCUGUCGGAGCAGGAACCUGGGCCUUCAUCUUCAAGCCCCAUCCCCAGGGCCUAGGACACGGCUCAGCACGCAGGAGGUGCUUAAUAAAUGUUUGUUGAGUGAA